AUGGAAACCCAAUGUUCUCAAAAAGCACACAACCCCCUUAACUUUCUCCAACCCGAAACAUCCCACCCCUGUGUCAACCCCAACCCCUCACCUCCAGGUACCCACGUCACCCCCCUCUCAACCCCUUACCCUCACCAACACAACCCCAUCUCAUCCCUCUCAACCCCUACCAUAACCCACAGGAACCCAUCCCACACCUCUCUCAACGCCCAUCACUCAUCCUCAGCCCCCUCUCAACCCCCUUCCCAUCCUCAUCCCUUUCUUAACCCCACCCUCAUCCGUAGGAACCCAUCUCAACCCUCUCUCAACCCCAACCCUCACCCUCCGGAACCCAACUCAUCCCUCUUUCAACACCAUCCUCAUCCUCAGCCCUCUCUCAACCCUCUCCCUCAACCUAAGUUCUCUCUUAACCCCAUCCCGACCCUCAGAAACCCAUCUCACCUCUCCCUAAACCCCCACCCCCACCCCUUACAACCCACCCCAUCCUUCUCUCAACCCCAACCUCACCAUCGGGAACCCCCUCGUUAA